AUGUCUUUUGCCAUCCCGAACAAGAUGCUGGUCGCCCUGGCUGCCUGCAUGUUUGCCUUGCCUGCGUUGGCAGCUCCUGGAUCGACCACUCCGGUCAAGAGGGAAACCAGGUCGCACCCCGGAACGGUGCCGUAUGGCCAGGUCAUUGAGAACUGUAAGGAGCCUAACAUGAUCGCCCUCACAUUCGACGACGGACCCGGCCCCUACACCGGGACGAUCCUGGACAUACUCACCACCAAAGAGGUCAAGGCCACCUUCUUCCUCAACGCCAUGAACACGGGUGACAUGCUGGACGAGUCUUCUGGCAGGCCGGACAAUGUCAGACGCAUGUACGCCGCAGGCCACCACGUCGCCAGCCACUCGUACAGUCACAAGGACUUGGACAGCGUCCUGCCAGAUGUACGCCGAGACGAGAUCGUCAAGAACGAGGCUGCAUUUGCCCAGGUCAUCGGCGUCCUGCCCACCUACUUCCGCCCGCCUUACGGUAACUGCAACGACGCCUGCCUCGGUCUUCUCAACGAGCUUGGCUACCACGUGAUUACCUGGAGCCUUGACACGCUAGACUGGGAGAAGAACAUUCCGGCUUCCAAGAAGGUUUUCGCCGACCAGGUCCAGAGCCACCAGCAGGCGUCAUACAUCGCCCUGUCGCAUGACAUCCACGAGGGUACCGUCAAGGAGCUGGUCGGGUAUAUGAUUGACGUGGCCAAGGAGAAUGGGUACAGAUUGGUCACGGUUGGAGAAUGCCUCGGUGACCCUCGGGAGAACUGGUACCGCCCUGCAUCGUAUGUCUGA